CAUAUAUAAGCUCCUAGUCGGAUAGCUCAGUACUCAUUCCACGAGAUUCACUUGUCUAAGCAGCAAUGGCAGCAAAGUUGGUUGUAGUACUCGCCCUGGUAGCUGUAGCCCACUGCUCAGUGGUGCCAGUAGCGCGAGCAGACGCCGACUACACGAGCUUCGCUUACGACGUGGCUGAUCCCUACACUGGUGACUUCAAGAGCCAGCAUGAGACCCGUGUCGGCGGCAACGUUCAAGGACAGUACUCGCUCCUCGACUCUGACGGUACCAAGCGUACUGUAGACUACACCGCGGAUGACGUUAACGGUUUUAACGCUGUCGUACGCAAGGACCCUGCUGUUGUUGCCACACCCGUGGUAGCUGCUGCUCCCGCUGUAGCCGCUGUUGCUCCAGCAGUUGUUGCUGCUCGCACGGUCGCCACACCUGCCGUUGUAUCCGCUGCUCCUGCUGUUGUUGCCUCUCGCACCUACGCCACUCCUGUCUACGCUGCUGCCGCCCCAGCGGUUGUAGCCUCUCGUACCUACACCCCUGCAGUGUACGCUGCCUCAGCUCCUACAGUUGUGGCCGCCCGUACAUACGCCGCUCCCUCAGUGUACGCCGCUUCAGCUCCCGCUGUAGUGUCUGCCCAUACUUACUCCUCACCUACAGUUUACGCUGCCUCUGCUCCUCUGAUAGCCACCCGUACCUACUCCUCUCCCACAGUCUAUGCUGCCUCUGCUCCUACUCUUAUUGGCGCUCGCACUUACGCCUCUCCCUACUACGCCUCCCCCUACUAUGCGUCUCCAUACUACGCGAGCUAUGGCGUACACUCCAACCCCAUUAACUACUGGUGAAUGAAGACAAAGCCUUCAUAAGGUAACUUAGAUUAAUAGACUUAUUCGAAACUGCCUUGUAAAUAAUAUUAUUUUUUACGAAUGUAUUAAAUUAAACGACCUCUUUAUGUACA